AUGCCUUACAAUUAUGUAAGCUUCAAGCCGCCAGUUGUUGAGUCUGAGGAGUCAAGCGAAGAGGAAAUAAGCCAAGAUGCUAGAGACGAAAUCGCCCGAAUGCGCGCCCGCCGAGCUGGAGAAAAAGGCAUCGUUUAUGUGGAGCCAGAUCAAGAUGAAAUGGAUCGUCGUCGAGAAAGACGAACGAUGAGUUACGACGAGAGGCAUCAAACUGCGCCUGUCUCCAUGAACACGAUGUACGAUCACCUUAAAAAAGGACCGUGUAAGCAAACUGGCUAUCGACCCAAAGUGCCUGUGUACGAAACGAGUUCUGAAGAAGAAGUUGAGCCGCCCAAACCGGUAGAAAAGGAAGAAGAGAAAGCGGCGAGCUCAAAAGUGGAGAAGAUUGAUAUUCAGCCUGCCACGCCUGCGAACAUAUCUCAAAAAGAUGAAAAACACUCGAUAAAAGUUGGGAGCAAAGAUCAGCAUUUAGAAAAGAAAAACAAAGAAAUUAAAUCGCCGAAGCUUGAACUGAAAGAAGAAAAACCAAAGACCCCAAGUCCGAAGACUCAGAAGAAGAACGACAUUGAAAAAAUACCAGAGAAAAAAGUACUCUUGAAGGCGGACCAAACGCAACCAAUUACGGAAACCACACCAGUAAUAAAAGAAGAACCUGCUAAACAAGUUCUAUUGGACGAAAAUGUUGUUUCUUCGGCUGUCUUUCCGCCUCAGUCUGGUACCAUAAAAUCGGUUCUAGAACCGUCUGAAUCCAGUUCAAGACCUUCUUUGUCAUCUGCAGAUGAAACCAUUAGAGAAAAUUCAUCAAGAGCGUUAGCUCCUAAAACAACAGAGAAGAAUACGACACCAAAACCUUUGCCAGAAAAAGUCGCUGCAAAAGUCUUCGAACCAACUCGAAAGGAGGAAAAGCCUGCGAGUCCAAAAUCUUCGCCAUCAGCUGGACGAACACCUGAACAGUCACCAAAGCCCAUUUCUUCUGAAAAAAUUGUUAUUGCAAAGCAAGCGGAUAAGAACAACAACUCGAAAGAGUUUGAACCUUCUUCAAAUCUAACCUCUGAAAAAGUUAUCGCCAAAGAAAAAGAACAAAAAGAAGAACUACCGAAAGAACCUGAUAAUAAACACGAAAAACCCUCCUUUCAAGAAAAUGAUAUCCCUUCUCAGCUCCUUCCAUCGAAACCACAGACUCUCUUAAAUUCGAAUCUCCUAGUUUCUACCCCUGAAAAUAAAGAUAAUAAAAUCGACGAUACAAAUGCCGCUGUCGUCAUCAAUAAGACGUAUCCACCAACACAGGAUUCUGAUAUUUUAUCAGCCGCCGAAAAAGUAUCUGAAAUCAUAGAAGAAAAACUAUAUUCGCCGCCCCAAGCAGAAGAACUUAUCGUUCAAGAUCUUCCGAAAAUUGCUGAGAAAUCCCGUUCUCCAAGUCCGUCAACAGAAGAAGCCCUGGAACCACCGCGAAAGUCGAAAAAGAAGAAGAAGGAACUCGACCUGCCAAAAGAAGAAGAGUUCUCAGACUUCGACGAAGACUUCGAAUUUGGAUUCAAAGAUUUUGAUCUUGUGUAUUACUGGACUUGGGAUGUUGCGAAUGAGACUUGCGCGAUCUGUAGGAAUAGCUUGAUGGAUUUAGACGAUUCUGAGCGAACUCUCAUCGUCUGGGGCGAUUGUGGGCACUCCUUUCACAACAAUUGCAUGGUGCAGUGGACGAAGAACAAUCCCCGUCUUGGAUUGACACAAGAUGGAGCUGCCGAGGAGAUCGGCGGCGGUAUGGUCGGCCAAUGCGAAGCUCGAGAAGCUUGCGGCCUCGUUGUUGAUCUCAUCAAGAGCAAAAAAAUGGCCGGUCGAGGUAUCCUUCUUGCUGGCCCUCCUGGAACUGGUAAAACCGCGCUCGCACUUUCGAUCUCGUUGGAAUUGGGUGACAAAGUCCCGUUCUGCCCCAUCGUCGGAUCGGAAGUCUACUCGGCAGAAAUUAAAAAGACAGAAGUGCUCAUGGAAAACUUUAGACGAGCCAUUGGAAUUCGAAUCAAGGAAGUGAAAGAGGUUUACGAAGGCGAAGUCACUGAAUUGACUCCGGUUGAAACAGAAAACCCCCACGGUGGAUACGGAAAGACAGUUUCGCAGCUUGUCAUUGGAUUGAAAACUGUCAAGGGCUCUAAAUCUCUUAAAUUGGACCCGACUAUUUAUGAAAACAUUCAGAAGGAGAAAAUUCAGGUUGGAGAUGUCAUUUAUAUUGAAGCAAACAAUGGGGCCGUAAAGCGAGUUGGACGCAGUGAUACUUUUGCGACAGAGUACGACUUGGAGGCCGACGAGUUUGUCCCUGUGCCUAAAGGAGAUGUUCAUAAAAAGAAAGACGUCGUCCAGGACGUUACUCUUUAUGAUCUGGAUAUGGCCAACGCUAAGCCACAGGGCGGCUCCAGCGAAGGCUUGGGCCUUCUUUCAAAUCUCCUCAAGCCAAAGAAAACAGAGAUUACAGAGAAACUGCGAAAUGAGAUUAAUAAGGUCGUCAAUCGAUACAUCGAUCAGGGCACAGCCGAGUUGGUUCCGGGAGUUUUAUUCAUUGACGAAGUCCACAUGCUCGAUAUUGAGUGUUUUACCUAUCUUCACAGAGCUCUUGAGUCACCAAUUUCGCCUAUCGUCGUUUUCGCAACAAACCGGGGCGUUUGCCAAGUCCGCGGUACCGAAUCAUCUAUGGGCGCCAAAGACGGUAUAUACGCUCCCCAUGGAUUGCCAGUAGAUCUCCUCGAUCGUCUGAUGAUCAUCAAAACUGCCAUGUACAAUGCGUCCGAAUUGCGUGAAAUUAUCAAGCUCAGAUCGAAAGCAGAAGGUGUUGAUAUCACCCAAGAUGCGUUGGCCAAAGUUGCGGAGCUUGGUGCGAAAACCUCUUUGCGUUAUUCCUGCCAGCUUCUUACUCCAGCCAAGAUUAUCGCCAACGCGAAUGCAAAAGAACAGGUUGACGUCGAUGAUGUAGAAGAAGCAUCGGAGCUCUUCAUGGAUUCCAAGAAAUCCGCCAAUCUCUUUGCCAACAUGGGCAAGGAUCACAAGUUUAUAGUCUAA